CCAGUGCAGCCAGGCUGGACAGGCAGCCGGCAGCAUUGAGGCUCCAGCUGCAGCUCUGUGCUGCCCUCAGUGCCAGCCCAACGCAGCCAGCAGGAAUGCAGGGGGGGAGCGGGGCGGCGCGCGGCUCUCCUGCUCCUCACAUCGCCGGGACGAAGGGCUCCGACAGUUGAUUUUUUUCCCCCUCCUCAAUCAGUGGUCUCAAACGCGACCACAGUAUGCAGCACAAUGCUUUAAAACAGCAAAGCUUCUGGAAAACCCAAACAAAAGGAACGUCACCGGGUGACGUCAGCCUAUAUACAGCCCUGCACGGUCGCAGCGCAUAAGCAAACCCAUUCUUGUGCCGCUUCCCUGAAAAGCUUUUCAGUAAAUGCACUCAUGCUACUCCAGGAGCUUCUCUCAGCAAUAAGCCACCCAUCUGCCAUCAACAAGUUAGGACUAAAGGAACCCACAGCUGCGGAAAAAGAAAACGUGAGCUUCAAUUAAACAGCCGAGCAGCCGCCGAGGAAGAAAACUUCUAUUAAGCAUCGACUUACAAACUGCAGCCCUGUCGGAGGAGAUCACGCCGGCGCUUCCAAAAGGGAUAUUCUAAGCAAGCACGGUGGAUUCAAUUUUGCACUAAUAUCAAAGGACCCUAACGCGGUAAAUUAUUCACAGGCUGUCUCGCAUUAGAGCCUUUCACAGACUCACCGUGUUGAGUCUCAAACUACGACUGAAUGCAACCUCCAAUGUACUCAAAAGAAUGGGCUUACAUUUCAAGUGGCCAUUAGGGGCUCGUAUGCUGGCAGCACUAUAUGCAAUGAGCAUGGUUUUAAAAAUGCUGCCUGCCUUGGGCAUGGCUUGUCCACCAAAAUGUCGCUGUGAGAAGCUACUGUUUUACUGUGACUCUCAGGGGUUUCACUCAGUGCCAAACACCACUGAAAAGGGCUCUCUAGGUUUGUCACUGAGGCACAAUUUUAUUACUGAACUUGAAAGGGAUCAAUUUGCGAGCUUCAGUCAACUUACUUGGCUUCACUUAGAUCAUAAUCAAAUUGCAACAGUCAGAGAAGAUUCUUUUCAAGGACUGUAUAAACUUAAGGAAUUAGUCUUAAGUUCCAACAAAAUCUUUCAUUUGCCCAACACCACUUUUAGCCAGCUGCUUAACCUGCAGAAUUUGGACCUCUCUUUUAAUCAGUUGUCCUCUCUGCACCCCGAGCUGCUCUACGGCCUCCGCAAGCUGCAGACCUUGCAUCUGCGCUCCAACUCCCUGCGGACGAUCCCCGUCCGCCUGUUCUGGGACUGCCGUAGCCUGGAGUUCCUGGAUCUGAGCACAAACCGCUUGCGAAGUUUGGCUCGCAACGGCUUUGCGGGAUUAAUCAAGCUGAGGGAGCUGCACCUAGAGCACAACCAGCUGACAAAGAUUAAUUUUGCUCAUUUCCUCCGGCUCAGCAGCCUGCACACGCUCUUCUUGCAGUGGAACAAAAUUAGCAACUUGACGUGUGGGAUGGAGUGGACCUGGGGCACCUUAGAAAAGCUCGAUUUGACUGGAAACGAGAUCAAAGCCAUCGACCUAACAGUUUUUGAAACUAUGCCUAACCUUAAAACCCUCCUCCUGGAUAACAACAAGCUCAGCACGCUGGACUCCAAGAUCCUGCGCUCGCUGCCAUCACUCAGCACCGUGGGGCUCUCGGGCAAUCUGUGGGAAUGCAGCGCCCGGAUCUGUGCGCUGGCCGCCUGGCUGGGCGCCUUCCGGGGCCGCUGGGAGCACCCCAUCCUCUGCCACGGCCCCGACCACGCCCAGGGAGAGGACAUCCUGGACGCCGUGCACGGCUUCCAGCUCUGCUGGAACGCAUCCACUGCCGCCCCGUCCGCGGCGCCGACGGACGCUCCCACCACCGAGUACACGAAAGGAAUCAGCUCCUCUCAUUUCCAUAUGGGAGACAAAGAAAUCCCCACCACGGCAGGCAUGGUCGUCACCACCGAGGAACCCUUCCCGGAGCCAAACAAUGCCAUCUUCACUCAAAGGGUAAUUACAGGGACAAUGGCUUUAUUGUUUUCUUUCUUUUUUAUCAUUUUUAUAGUGUUCAUCUCCAGGAAAUGCUGCCCUCCCACAUUAAGAAGAAUUAGGCAGUGCUCAAUGAUUCAAAACCACAGGCAGCUCCGAUCCCAAACGCGGCUACAUAUGGCAAACAUGUCAGACCAAGGACCGUACAACGAGUACGAACCCACCCACGAAGGACCCUUCAUCAUCAUUAACGGCUACGGACAAUGCAAGUGUCAGCAGCUGCCAUAUAAAGAAUGUGAAGUAUAAUACCUACAAUUAAAGCAGAUAAGUAACCUAUUUUAAAAUGGUAGGGGACCUACAGCAGAGUCUAAUUUUUACAGAUGCCGACACAAAGCCUAAUUUUCCAAGCUACUCAAUGGAAGAAUCGUUUCUGGAGUGGUGUGGUAUUUUUAAGUUGUUUUUUUUUUAAAUAAAUCCAUGAUAUUUUCAGUGUUAAGGAAGCAAUGAUCACGUUCAACUUGCACUCCUAAUGUUUAAAAGUCUAAAAAGAUGCUCACCUCAAACUAUGUAAAACGUUCUGUGUUAUGUAACUCUCCGGCUGUGUGUACCAUUUAUACCCAAGUCUCCACUCUCCACUUUCCCCAGUAAAAUCAGCCCGGGUGGAAGGAGGGAGGAUGUCAGCACAGAGACCUGCAGAGGAACAUACACUGCAUUUGUUCCCCUGCAGCUGUGCGAUGCCAAACAUCCCAGCUGGCUCUGCUCAGUUCAGAGGCACACUGGAGGAAGGCUUCCUUCCUCGGAUCAUUUCCACUCGAGUGACAAGGGGAGAGGGAAUAAAAAGGUGACAAAGGUUCAGGUGGGGAUUUAGACGCACUGGGGACUGGCAAAUUAAUUGUUAAGGCAGUUUUCCUACCUCCAUGCUCACAGUUUGGCUUGCUUACACAUACCUUGCUCGAGCUCGCAGCAAACGCAGGCAGGAGCGGUUCACACGACCACCAAUUAACCAGGAUGGCUCUCCAGGCACUUGCAGAGUACCUGGUGGUGCUUAAUUAGGAAGGUUGGUAGGAUGAUCUAAAUAUUAAAGGCGUUCAAAUCAGAUCAACUCUCUGCUUUGCCUUGAUAAUGCUUUUCAUGCAUUCGGGCUAAUUACUUACGCCUACGAACAAACAGCACUUCCACACCUUUUCAUGUGUAAAUACCCUUAACACAAGUUUUUCUUAAUUAAAAGUAAAUAUCAACCACGAGGUUAAGAAAGAAGGAAGGAAGAAAGAAACCUCUCUUUGUCGUCCCCCCCCUUCCCCCCUCAGGCUUCCUCUUGCUGGGAGCUAUUUUCAUGCACUAACUCCACGGUUUCUCUGGAGACAGAAUUAGCCCCUGUAAUAUAAGCUCUCACUUGUCCUCCUCUCCCAAAAUUCAAGGUAAUUACCAGCUGGAAGCUGCGUACCUCCCGAUACGUUAGGAUAAUGAUUAGUUUAUAGAAUAGUUCACGGAAAAAUGUUUUGUUUCUUACUUGAUAUGGGACAGAAUCUAAAGUAGUAUGCCAUUAAAAAAACCUUAUAUAAAUAUAUAUAUACACACACACGCACCUCAUUCUUCAGGGGUAAUCUGAUUUCUUUAACCAGAGGUAUCAUAUUGCUAUUUAUACUAUAUUAUGAAAUGAUAUGUAAAUAUUUGCAGAUCUAUGCAGCGACAGUGGUACUGAGAUGCCAUGGGGGGGGUUAAGGGGGGGGGUCUGCAAAGGAUUACGUUAUUUUUAAGUCAACUGCUCAAAUAUUGUAAACGUUCUAACCAAAGUUAAAAGGACCAGAGGGAUGGAGUUUUUUAAUAUAUAUAUACAUGUAUGUAUAACUAAAAAACGUGUUGUGUCCAAUGCUGCAGUGUCAAACAAUUACCAGCAAACACGGAUGAAGAGAAAUUCCUCACAGUGUCAACAUACCUUGAACGAAUCAGUAAUUACAGUAUGCUAAUUGUGUUGUACUAAACUAUUCUGCAAACUUUCUGAACAGAAAAAUCACUGCAUAAAAAUCUGUUCGCUAUUUCACUCUGCUUUAUAUAUCUGUAUUACCACUUAGUGAGGUAUUUAGGGUGCAAUUAUACAACAGUUUGAUGUUUUAUUGUGAAAUGAAUUCGUCCGAGGCAUCUAUAGCAAGAUAAGUGUGACUUCUGUUCAGAUUUUACAUAAAGAUUUUUUCAAUUA